AUGGGGCAGUACCCAUGCUCAACACAUGGGUACAACUGGGAGUACGAAGAACAGGACGAGUGGGAUGAUGACGACACCGCAGCGUACACCGAGGGGCCGGAAGUUAUCCAGAUGCUGCUACUACUGCAGCACACAACACAGCCCACACCGCCGCUGCCCGCGUCACGAACAACCGAGACGUCCGUCCGCAAUCCGUCGCCGCCCCCAGUAAAUGAGGAAGCUGCUGAUGGAGUAUGGUGUCCGAUCACUGACGAGUUAGUGGUGCAGUCUUGGACCGGCGCGCUGCCACGGAUGCAGACGCCGCCACCACGAACCACUGGCAGCCAGUCGUACGCCACCAUCGGCGCGAAGCCGCCCCCGCCAUAUGGUGUGGAGACGCCAGGCGGAGAGACAUCACCACAGACGGAGGAAGUCUUGCCCGUCCAGCCCCUGUGGUACAAUUGGCACGCUUGGACCGGGUGGACACGUAAGGCCGGCCCAGACACGCCGCCUCCGACGCCGCCCCCCAUUGCCGCACAGGCGGUAACUGAGCCAAGAGAGACCAACAACAACACAGAGCUGCACAGCAAAGGGGGCGGAUAUGUGAACUGGGAGGAGCUGACACGCUCCGCCGACACGCCACCUACACCGGCACCAGUACUGGCGAUGCCGCCUCCGAUGCCGCCCCCGCCAUAUGGGAUGAAGACGCCGAGCGGGAAGACAUCGCCGCAGGAGAUCACCCGGAGGAACUGCUCCUCUGGCACCGCCCACAGCUGCUGGGAAGGCUGCUGGCACAGUGUGCCGGCGCAAAACGAUGCUUUGCGGCACUCUCUGGGGGAUCAGCCACCUUCUGAGCCAAUCAUGGUCGAUCCGACACCACCUCUGCACGUCAUGCGCACUGCUGAAGACACCACGCCACCUCCGCACGUCAAGCGCUACUGA